AGAGCUCAUACAUUUCCGAGUGUGCCGAGUGCAUGCAUCCCGCCAGGUGCGCUACGUAAAAGAGCAAUUGUGAGCCGAAUUCUGCACACCAAAUCGCAACGUAUGUACCAUGCCCCACAAAGCUCCCUUUGAAAUCUAUCCUGGCUAUUUUAACCUCAACGUAUCCGGCGUCGCAGGGUUCUUCGGGGGUGAAGAAGCCAUCUCCGCGAUGCAGACCAUUCAUCUCUACAAGCAUAGAAAAUGGCUGGGAUGGUACAACUCCCCCGGCAGCUGGAAUGUCGGAAAGAAGUUCGGAUUACUCGCAAAUUCCCGUUUGUGGGACGGGCUCUUCCCUGGGCCCAAUGAAGACCCCGCAAAAUUCUUUGAGCUUGACGGAAAGCAGGGCCCAAAAUAUGUCGCCUCUAGAUCUGGAUCCAUCCUAGAGCGCACCGGCCAUCUUGCAUACUUGAUAAUGCAGACAUCCAAGGAGGAGCUAGGAGUGCAGGUGCAAGGAAGGGUCACGAAACCAAAUAAAGUGACCAUUAUCAAGACACAGCCCAUUUUUAAAGAGUCAACAGAAAAAGAAAAAUCGCCAGUUCGCGCGAUCCCACCUCAUAGUGGGCAUCACACGGACGUCGCGAUUCUACCGAUAGCCGUCAGCUUCACCACAUGUGCGCUUUGCGGGUGGACAUACGACUGGUUCUGUUGUUCGAUGAUCCUCCUGGGCAUCGUCUCAAACGGCAUGUCCUCCUUGGUCAUAGGGUCCGCACAUUUAAAGCUGCAAGGCGUGAAGUCAGCACCUACGGCUCCACCCGGGGACGGGAUGUUGAUGGACGGUGAUGAUAUCGUCCUCCUCACCGGAAAAGAGGAGAACAUUGCCACCAUCACGAGGGGCAAAUUCAUGCUCGAUUAUGAGCCCUGGGUGAGGAAGAGAAGCAGGAAGGAAAAGAGGAAACGUUCCGUUCCUGGAGACGGUAUGGGAUCGACCAACUCGAAUCGAACAAGCGAUGCGGAAGCAGGUCUUCAAGACAGUUCUUUAGACCGUGGUCUAAAGGAGGGUACCGUUCCAGUGAGAGACGAGUAUGCUGCUAUUGGAUUAUGUUCGCUUCUGCUUGUCAUACAACUCCUCGGCCAACUGCUCUUGAUCCCCCAAGGCACAUUCUUUGGCCAGAUCAUGUUCCUGGCCUCCUUCGCAGCUUCAUGGGCGUACAACUUGUACUUGUCCUCGAUCGACAAGGAGUAUAUCCAAGAACGGCUACUCCUAAAUGCACUCAAUCUGGAUGACCAGCAUAUGCGGACGUACAUCCUUGGCACGAGAACAACCGCCGCAGUAUUCGCAUGCCUGAUGCUCCAGCCUCCUGAUAUCAGUGCAGACAAAUGGGAGGAACAGGGUUUCAAACCAGAAAGUAUCAUCCGUAACUUCAUUCCGAAUGAUACGCCAGUGUGGGUUAUAUGGAGAAAAAAGGUAUUGGAUGUAAUGGGAGCGCGCAUUCGCAGCCAAGAACCUUGCCACAGUUGGCUCCAGAUGAGCAACGAGGACAUUGAGGGGUUCAAGAAGAAUGACAAAGACCUUCUCGGACAGCUCUUAGAAGAUGCUCGCAUUGCAUAUGAUCUGGCCACGAACGAGCAGUGGUUGGUCGGCGAGGAGAAAUAGAAUAAUGGUCCGACAUACCGUGUUACUUGUACCUAAAGAUAUUGACUU